AAAACACCCACACCCCAUAUAUAUAAGAGUAAAACAUAAAAGAGACCCUCCCCAUCAUCCCAUAUCCCCCUUCUAAACAAAGCCAUCCAUCCCAAACCCAGUUCCCCCAAACCAAACAAGAAAACAAGAAACACUCUCUCAGAAAACAGACAAAAAAAAGAAACCCAUCUCCCAAAGAGAGAAAUAGAGAGAGAAAGAAAGAAAGAAAGAGAGAAAGAAAGAAAGAAAGAAAGAAAGAAAGAAAGAAAAUGCCCCCAAAACCCAGAAAAGAAAAGGAAAAAGAAAAACAAACCCAAGAAGAACCCCUCCUCCCACCCUGCGAAUUCACAACCCCCUGUCCAGCAGCAACAGACGACGAUAGUAAAACCAACAAUCCACGCCGAAAAGUCAUCUCGCAUAUAUUCGGCCGCAAUAAGUACGCCACGAAGCGGUUCCCGGACCAUGUGUGGGUGCAUUACUGUCGACAACAUUACCAGCGGGCGCGGUAUCGGGUCGAGUGGCCGGUUACGCAGUGUGAGUUGUUGAUGGUUGUUCUGGGGAGGAUGGAGAGGUGGGGUGGUGUUUUGGGGUGGGAGGUUGUGUUGAGGAAGAGGGAGGUGGAGAGGUUGAAAGUGGUGGAGGAUGGAGGGGAGGUUACAUCUACAUCUACUUCUUAUACUACUGCCACGACUGAGUGUGAUCUUACCACGCUCUCGUCGGGGUCGGGCUCGUCGUCUGCCUUUGCUGGGCUUGCCCCUGUCGGUGAUGGUGCGCGGGUACAGGGCGAAUGUGGCAGACGCAGGAAACCGACUAUUGUGGCUUCGCCUGUGCCGGGUUGGCUUCUGGGGGAGGUUGGGCGGGAUAAGUCUUUUGCGGAUUUGAGGGACCUUGUUCGUCGGGUGCGUGGGGAGAUGGAUUCUCUGCGCGGACAGGGUGUGCCGGCUCGUCGGAUUGUGUUUCCGGAUAUUGAGCUUUUGCCGACGUUUCAGCCUUGGGUUUUGGCUCCGGCGAAGAAGAGACAAAGGUGUGGGAGGAGGGAUGCAGGUAGAGGGAAGAAGGGUGGGAAUGGGAAGAAGGGUUCUAGGGUUAAUGGGAAGGGGAUGUGAACGUUCACGAGGUAAAUUGAUUGAAUUUCAUUUCUUUCUUUCAUUUCGGCGUUGAGAUGGAUUGAAACAACUAGUCGAGUUGCAUUCCUGUUAUUCGGUCAGUUCUGGACAGUUUGAUAUUGAAGUCAGUCGGUAUCAUUCAAUGGACAGAAACUCACGUGUCAUAAACAUUACUCGUAGACAUCUAG